GCUACGGUGAGAAUACUUGCACUAAAUCAACGCCAUGCGGAUGUUGCUAUCUGGAAUGUCUCGAGAUCAGAUCAACUAAGGAGUCCACUAUCCAACUAGUAAAACCGCUGAAUACUGGUAUUAGUGAUCUGCUAGUUUGCUAUAGUCCUCGUCGGCUGCCACGAGUUGUAGGGGGUCAGAGAAUGUCCGUCUCCGUUCCAUCCCAUAUCCAGAAUCAGUAUUCGCCUUCAGUUCACCAAUUUAAUAUACGGCGUAUAGCGUAUACUAUACUCCGUACAAAGACCUGACCGGGACGGUUCAUUCCUGAGGCCUCAUCAGAAUCCCAUCAUCAUUACUGUCGUCGUGUGCUGUCGCCGUCACCAUUACCCUUCGUCCUCACCCUUCCCCCGCUUCUGACUCCCGCCUGUUCCUCCCUUUAAAGGAUUCCACUGCGCCCACCUUGCCUUUCCUUCUUUUCCCCUCUGGAAACUCAAUCUCUACUCUAUCUCUACUUCCAACUAGUUUCCCCUGUCAGUUUCCCUGAUCCGGGACACGCCUGCUCUCUCCAAGCUGGACUUGAUGAACCUGCCCCUCUUCCCCCUCCUUUCUGGAUUCAGUCCACUGCAUACGUCGGAUUCCUUUGACUCGUCAGCGUCUUCCAGUGUUCUCUGAACAAUCUUUGACAGAGUUCCAAAGAAACUUCCAGCGAAGAGGAAUAAGGGGAAAAAACAAUAUCGAAGCAGAACCGCAGAAAGAAAAGGCCAAAAUAGAGAACGUCAUUACUGUGGUACUUAAGGUUGGGUAGUUACCAGCAAUUCCUAAAGCCAGAAGAGCGAGAAAACCACUUCCCCCCCAGCAAAAAGUGAAACGGGGUACCUGCUUCUGUCACCCCCCACAGGUCGGUAAGUCCAUCCAGCUGUUUUCUAUUGCCUUAUUCUAUAUGAAGUUCGAAAGUUUGAAGUUUAUUCGUUGUAUUUUGAUUUGAUGUGAUUUGCUUUCUUUUUUCUGGGACUUUCUUCCUUGGCCCGAGACUGGACAACUCGUUCAAGUGGCCAUGAUCCAACCCUGCUGGGGUGGAAAUCCAAGAAAGGAUGAACAGAAAAGUCCCCCUAAAAUCAUCCGAAAAUCGAUGUUGCCUCCAGACCAUUUUCAGCUUUCCAGUGGAAUGCAUGAAUGAGAAAGAAAUGAUGGGUCCGCGAUGGCCUCAUGGAUUGGAGAUCCACCGUCGACUUCCGGCGUUGCCCUGCUCCUUGGAAUCACUAGUUGCACCCACCCAUCCCAUCCCAUCCUCAUUUUCUGCCGCCGGGCCCUCUGCUCGGGCCUGCCAGCCUGGGUCGCCCCGCCCACGCCGGUCACUCUUCACGGUCUGGCUUUUGGCCUUUGGGACUUGGGUCGUGUCUCUCCCUCUGUCUCUGGCUGUCGCUGUCUGUCCCUGCACCCGCACUCCCUGCCCGGCUUCUGGCCUAGUUGGAACCUGCCUUUUCUUUUUUCAUUUUAUUUUCGUUUUUAUUUCUCUCUCUCUCGCUCUCUUUCGUUUUUUGCCCUUGGAGGGAAAUUUGAAAAAAUCCAUUAUUCAAAUAAUAACAAUAAUAAUAAUAAUCAAUCUGCUCCUCGAUCAUCAUCAGGAAAGGGGCUUACUAUUAUUAUUGUUAUUAUUAUUUGGAUUUUAUUUUUCCAACCCUCCUCCCCCAAAACGAAUUUCGUGCACUUUGAAGCAUAUCAUUUUGGAGGAAAGGGCAGAAAGAAAAUACAAAAGACGAAAAAGAAAACAUAGGGAAAAAGAGAGAGAGAGAGAGAGAAUUAAAGAGAAAAAUAAAAAUAAAAAAACAGGGCUUACAAAUUACAAUACCUACCUUACUUUUUCAGAAAGCAACCCUGCAGGA